UAUGUGCGCAUUCUGCAGCAAUGUUGCGCACAAAUGUUUAUAGGGUAGCACAAGAAAUGGGGACCGUGUUUUCUCUUCCCUUAUAAUUUACGCUAUACCUGAGUUUCAGCCGGGGCAUAAUGCUGUUAAGAACCCCAAUGUGCACAGAGACUGGGGGUUGGGUGGCUGUGCCUAUUGGUCGCUCACCAGCAGUCAGUCAGUCAGGGCUUGUUUUAACAUAACCAGGGGCAUUCGGCAGCAGGCAAACAAUCAUGUAUUCAAAAUGAAUCUUGGGCUGCUUGAAGCUUGCGUGCAGGACAAUUACGUUUGCAACAUAUGGACACUUCGCUGAAAUGAAAGGCAUCUCGAGAAUUUGGUCACUGGAUGAUUUUUUGUGUUUUUGAAGGAACCGCCGCCGAUGUGGAGGCGAUAGAGGGGAAAGAAUGAGUGCCGAGUCUGGGCCUACUAGAGUUGGUGCUGGGAUUCUGCAGAUCCGCUUUCACAAAUUGACAAAAACAAACGCUACAUGUCGUAUUUUAAAAUGCUCUCAAUUGGUUUUGUUGUGACCGAUCCCUAAAUGGAUGGAGUCAUGACACCAUGAAUCAGUCCUGCAAAGUGGCAGUGAGGGAUGGCUCUCCUCAUCAGUCCGGCCAACAGGAUCUCCAUACCUCGGCGGGACACUUCAACAAGAGCGGUGGUGGUGGAACGGGCCGCUCUUCUGUUGUGCUGUCGAAGGCGGCCUUCAAGUCACAGGCGCCCAAGCAACAACAGCACUCCCCGUACAACAAUAAGCAAAAAUCCUCCUCCUCCUCGGUCUGCUACAGCCCUCUAAGGCGGCUACAGGACCUCACCACCAUGGUCAACCGGCCCGAGCUGGGUGGUGGUGGUGGUGGCGGUGGCGGCGGCGGAGUGGUGCAGGACAAGGACUUCCACGGACGCAAUCACUUGCACAUGCACAGCAGCCCUCUGGGUGGCACUGAUUUCGGGGGCGGACUGGGUCACGCGCCCCCCUUGUCCCCUACCAACAGUGACGCCACAAACCCUCGGGAGCCGGACAAGAACGGCUUCUCGCCCCUCAGCUCCGACAGCAUGGAGCACUCUCCUCCCAUCCCCAACGGCUACCUGCAUUUCGAGUCCACCUUAUUCGACAGCAAAGACGAGGACGAGGACGAGGAUGAUGACGAUUACCAUGAACACCACCACGGCAGCGGUGCUGGAGAUGUGGACAACAUGGUGUCUCCGCCGUUGUCAUCAUCAAACAAAUGUAACAGAAAAAGAGACUUCCCCGAAGUUUGCUACAGCUCGAACACUUACAAACACGAACCCGUUGUCUCCAGUCUGGUCCCCAAGAACAUACCGGAGCCAGACCCGGCUAUCAUGUCCCAUGGUCUGGACGAGGUUAAUAAUAUGGUGGACUUGGACAGCAUGGAUGACUUCUCUGACAGUGACUGUGACUUGCCCAGCACAGAAAACAUGGCCUCAAUGGGCUAUGCUUUCUCACCUAAUGGUUCAUACUCAAACUCAAGUACUACCGGUAGUCCUAAGAAGAAGCCUGUGCCGGGAGUCAGGUAUGGUGUGGGAGACGUGGUGUGGGCCAAGUUUAACCGCCGACCCUGGUGGCCUUGCGAAGUGACCUGUGAUUCACCAACUGGAAGUCACACGCGAAUGAAAGACCCAAGUCGACGGCCCUGCAGGCUGUAUUUCUUGAGGACAUUUGGAGAGGUUGUGGACAAGGCCUGGGUCCCGGGGAAAGCCACGUUACCCUUUGAGGGCGGACAUCAGUUUGAGAAACUACCUGUUCUCAGAAGAAGAGGGAGGCAGAAGGAGAAAGAUUACAAAUACACGAUACCCAAACGCCUGAUGGAUUCGUGGAAAGCCAGUGUGAAGGAAGCAGAGGCCCAUCUUCCAUCGGGCCCCAAGAACGGUCUGUCUAUCUCCUCCUCUGUACCCUGGGAGAGGGAUGUCACCAGUCCGGUCACCAGUCCGGUGGCUGAUGAAAAGCUAUCAGACUCAGCCUCUUGCUCGACCGUUUUCCCCAUCUCCCCUCCACCACCACCACCUAACUCUCUUUUCUCCAACGGAGAUGACCAGCCCCUGAAGAGCCCACCCUUGACAAGGGAAAGCCGAAAGAAACCCACCCCCAUCAAAAAGAAGGUGUGCACUGUGUUCAACAAGACGGUUAUCAACAUCAAAGAAACGCCCAACAAAUCGCUGUCAAGCUUCAUGGAGGACAACAAGAAAUCGGAGGUGUUUGAUAAUCCCUCGGUGUCGGCUGCCCUCAAGAAAGACACCAAAGACUGCUAUUUUGAUAUCGAUACGGUGCCCAGGAUACUAUGUCCGAAACGCACCGAGGGGGAGAAGCCUGUGGUGGAGACCAUCCUGGGGAAGGAGGUGAAGCCUGUCGUGGUGCCCGCCGCUGUAGUGAAAAAGACCGGCAGGGACAAACGGGAGAGGAACUCCAAGAGCAUAUCGUCUGUCGUCGCAGACCUAGCCGUGAAGCAGCUGGCCAACAAGGAACGAGCGGAGAAGUUGGCGCUCCAAAACAAAAAAGCAGCCAGCAGCAGCAUCAGCAGCAGCCCCUCGACAACAGAGAGCGCGAUCAACCUGCAUUCCCACCACUUGCCAGCCAGCAGUGGCCUGAUGACGCGAGCUCUCAAGGCCUGUGAAGAGUCUGAGGAGAAGAAGUCCAUCAAGCAGGAGGAGGAGGAGGAGGAGGACGGGAGCCUGUCGCCACACCGGGACCUGGCAGACAUCUUGGAAAGGCGCUGGCAGUCCAAACUGGUGCCUGACGCCGAGAGCGACUCGGCCCGUUUGACCUUCUCUCCUCCUGACCACAGUCCUCCGACGUCUCCGUUCCGCAAGUACGGCGGAGGCAGCAAGCCGGACAAGAAUCACGUCUGCAAUGGCGCUCUGGUCAAAAAGGAGGACCUCACCAAAGCCUCUGCCGCUACUAAAUCGUCGGCCGGUUCGGUCCAAGUCAAACAGGAGAACGUGAUGUCGGACAUAUCUUCCACCUCCUUCUCGUCUCCUUGUUUGUCCCCUCUGGGGUCCCCACAGGACAGCAAGGACGCCUCCUUCCGGUCCCCAGGCAAGGAGGAGGGGGACUCAGGAGGCAAAGGCGAGUCGCAGAAGAACUACCACUUCAGCACCUUCCUCAUGCUACUGAAGGACCUGCACGACACCCGGGAGAAAGAGGGGAACCCCCUGACCGUGCCAACCCCACCCUCGUCCACCCUGAUCAAGGAGGAGCCGUCUCUUCUGCCCGGGUCCUCUGGGGAGGAGACGUCAGAGGCUGGCAUCCCAGAGAAGGACACCCGCACCUCCACCCCCACCACCACCAAUACCACCACACCAGGGACCAAAGCACAGAAUGGCAGGACCUCCUCCUAUGUCAGGCCAAGCAAGGCCAAGUCUAAGUCUGGCGCGAAAAAGGACGCGCAGAGAAAUGAAGGAAAGAACACCAACGUUCCGGCAUCCCAAACAGCACUCUUAAGCAAAACACUGAACUCCUCCUCACAACAGAAGCAGCAGCAGCACUCGUCGUCGUCAACGGCCGAUUUGGACGCACUUGAAAUGGGACUGCCUCCCGCGGAAGACCUCUCCAGCUCCUCCUACACUUUCACCAACAAAUUUGCCCCCAAGAAGCGGUGGCAGACGUUUGAGUCGGGCACGGGCACGGGCACAGCAGACGGUGCCAGCUUGAAGGAAGGCGAUCAAGCUCAUUCGGCACAGCAGACGCCCGCGAAGUUGCCCUCGGACUUCAACGGACUCUUCAAAGACGGUCACCUUGGCAACCAAGAAACAGAUGUGGGAGAAAAGAGAGAAGGAUCAGAAAACAAGCGACUGCGAAAACCAAGCAAACGACUUCUGGAGUGGAAUGAGGAGUAUGAGCAGAUUUUCUGCCCAAAGAAGAAGACAAAGAAACCCCCAGAGCCAAUUAAAAUGGGUGCUGGAGCCGGUGACUCAAGUGGAGGUUCACCAGUGGACGGCACACCCGUCAAUAGAUGGUCAAUAGGAGACAAGCAGACCAUUUCCCCAGACACAGAGCAGUCCAAGGCCUCUUCUGCAUCUGAACGCUACCAGUCUCCCCCACCACCUCCUCUUCCUCAGCACCAUGCUCAUCUUCAGCCUGCUGCGCAUCAUCCUCAUCCUCAUCAUCACCAGCCGUCGGAAGGAGCCGUCGUCUCUGGCGGGGAGUCCUCCGACUCUCCCCAGGAAGCUCCGUCACUGGGAACUGGAGCCGGGACACCUGGCAGCAUAGACUCCUCUUUCUCGGAACGAAAGAGACCACGGAAGCCCUCUCACAAAGUUCUAGAAUGUGUCAUUGAGGAGGAGUCCAACAGAAACCUGAAAAAGAAGAAGCCAAUGAGGAAAGAACAACCAGCCGUCACCCUGCCAAGUCCCUCCCCCUCUCCAGUGUGUCCGCCAUUGGACAGGGAGGCUAGCAAUGACUCCGGGCCCGUAGGGUCCCCUGUCCUUCAGCACACCCCUCCAGCCCCACUCAGUGUUAAAGAGGGAGACGACGGAAGCCUGGACAGGACAAAAGAGGACGCUGAGGCCAGUGUGAAUGGAGACGAGCUCCCCCACUCAGAGUCGAUGAUCUCCUGUCACGAUGGAAGCCUCAACAACUCGUUUGACCUGCUUCCUGGCGACAUGUCGCUGGCCAUCAAGAGGCCGUCCUUCGAGAGAGGCGGCGGAGGAGCCGCGCUCAAGGAGAAUGUGUGUCAGGUGUGUGAGAAGACGGGGGAGCUGCUCCUGUGCGAGGGCCAGUGUUGCGGUGCCUUUCAUCUGCAGUGCAUCGGCCUCACCACAACCCCCAGAGGACGCUUCGUCUGCAAGGAGUGCACCACAGGUGUGCAUACGUGUUUCGUGUGCAAGGUGGCGGGGCGGGACGUGAAGCGCUGCAUGAUCCCGGUGUGCGGCAAGUUCUACCACAUGGAGUGCAUCCUGAAGCACAGCCCCACGGCGGCGCAGAGCCGCGGCUUCAGGUGCUCCCUGCACGCCUGCCUGGCCUGCUACAUCACCAACCCAAACAACCCCAGCAUCUCCAAAGGUCGCCUGACGCGCUGUGUGCGCUGCCCCGUGGCGUACCACGCCAACGAUUUUUGCAUGGCGGCGGGCAGCGUGCCCCUGGCCAACAACAGCUUCCUGUGCCCAAACCACUUUGUGGCGCGCAAGGGCUGCCGCAACCACGAGCACAUCAACGUCAGCUGGUGCUUUGUCUGCUCAGAGGGUGGGAGUCUGCUGUGCUGUGAGUCAUGCCCUGCUGCCUUCCACCGCGAGUGUCUGAACAUCGACAUGCCCAAGGGCAGCUGGUUCUGCAACGACUGCCGGGCCGGCAAGAAGCCCCACCUCAAGGACAUCCUCUGGGUCAAGGUCGGGCGCUACAGGUGGUGGCCUGCGGAGGUCAGCCAACCUCGGAAUGUUCCGGAGAAAAUCCUGCGCAUGAGGCACGACGUGGGCGAGUUUCCCGUGCACUUCUUUGGCUCCAAGGACUACGUGUGGACGUACCAGGCCCGCGUCUUCCCGUACAUGGAGGGCGACGCCAACAACAAGGAGAAGAUGGGGAAGGGGGCGGAUGCCAUCUACAAAAAAGCUUUGGAGGAGGCGGCUGAGAGGUUCCGUGAGCUUCAGGCAGAGAAGGAGAUGAGGCAGCUGCAGGAGGAUCGCAGGAACGACAAGAAGCCUCCGCCAUACAGGCAUAUCAAGGUCAACCGUCCCAUCGGCAAGGUGCAGAUCUUCACGGCGGACCUGUCGGAGAUCCCGCGCUGCAACUGCAAGGCCACGGACGAGAACCCGUGCGGCAUAGACUCGGAGUGCAUCAACCGCAUGCUGAUGUACGAGUGCCACCCGCAGGUGUGCGCGGCGGGCGAGCGCUGCCUCAACCAGAGCUUCACCAAGCGCCAGUACUGCGAGGUGGAGAUCUUCCGCACGCUGUCGCGCGGCUGGGGCCUGCGCUGCAUCAACGACAUCAAGAAGGGUGCGUUUGUGAGCGAGUACGUGGGCGAGGUGAUCGAUGAGGAGGAGUGCCGGGCCAGGAUCAAACACGCACAAGACAACGACAUCUGCAACUUCUACAUGCUCACCUUAGACAAGGACCGUAUCAUUGACGCGGGACCCAAAGGGAACCAGGCCCGGUUUAUGAACCACUGUUGCCAGCCCAACUGCGAGACGCAGAAGUGGACUGUUAACGGGGACACCAGGGUGGGCCUUUUUGCCUUAGAAGACGUACCUAAAGGAGUGGAGCUCACCUUCAACUACAACCUGGAGUGUCUGGGGAACGGCAAGACCGUUUGCAAAUGCGGAGCGCCAAACUGCAGCGGCUUUUUGGGAGUACGACCAAAGAACCAGCCCUUGGGGCAGGGCAAGGCCUGCAAGCUGAAAAAGAAGGAGCCGGUGAAGCGCAAGAACAAGUUAGAGGUGACGAAGGAGCGCGAGGACGAGUGCUUCUACUGCGGGGACAGCGGGCAGAUCAUCUCCUGCAAGAGGCCUGGCUGCCCAAAGGUCUACCACGCCGACUGCCUCAACCUCUCCAAGAGACCCGCGGGCCGGUGGGAGUGCCCGUGGCACCAGUGCGACGCGUGCGGCCAAGAGGCGGCGUCCUUCUGCGAGAUGUGCCCCAGCUCCUUCUGCGCGCAGCACCGCGACGGCAUGCUCUUCAUCUCCAAGCUGGACGGCCGGCUGUCCUGCAGCGAGCACGACCCGUGCGGCCCCGACCCGCUGGAGCCCGGCGAGAUCCGCGGCGAGUACAUCCCCGACCUGGCCACUGCGCAGGCCAUCGCCGCCGGGCUGCCGCUGCCGCUGCCCCUGCCCCUGCCCCUGCCGCCGGUCCCCAGCCCCAGGCCUCUCCAUCCUCCACUACUGCCAACCGCCGGCACCCUGGCACCACCAGGGACGGCAGCAGUGACUUCGUCGUCGUCGUCGCCGCCGUCGUCGUCAUCCUCAGUGGCGGGUGUGGGCGCCGCCUCCUCUUCCUCCACGUCCUCGUCCACCUCUGUCACCAACACUACUCUCCCCUGCCCCUCCAAGAUGGACAAGCCCGCCUUAAAGCCUCCUCUACGUAAUUCCACCACCACCACCACCACCACCAACAGCAACAACAACAACAAAAAGAACUCCACCACCACCACCACAAACUCCAAUGCCAAGCUCCUGGCGCCCCGUAGUACGGGAGCCAAGCACUCCUCCUCUGUUGUACUACCCCCCAAGUUCAGGCCCACGGGUGUGGGGCCCUACGUGGCCCCCAAACCCCAAACACCAUCCACCCGCUCUGCGGCCAACACCUCCAGCUCCAGCCCCAAACCCAACCCCGUCCCUGGCAGCCCCAAGGAGGUGAAACAGGAGGAGCUGGAGGAUGAGGGGGAGGUGAUAGAGGGAGUGGUGGAGGGAGAUGAUGAUGACGAGGAAGAGGAAGAAGAGGAGGAGGAGGAAGAGGAAGAGUUAGACGAAGGGAUGGAGGUGAUUGAGGAUGAGGAGGAUGGGCACGAGGACUUUGGGGAGGAGGUGGAGGAAGGAGGUCUGGAAGAGGGGGAGGUUGGGGAGGUGGUGGCACCGGGAGCAGUAGUAGAGGAGGAGGAGGAGGAAGAGGAAGACGAUUAUGAGGAAGACGAUGACUAUGACUGGGGGGACGAUUGUGAUGACGUGGACGGGGACUUUCGAGUGGCAGCAGCGGACAUGAGGGAACUGGGGAGGCUGGAGCGGAAGGGAUGGGGACGCUUGAUUGGUGGGAAGAAAUGAACUCCCGCCUCCCUCCAUCCUCUAUUGGUCCCCAGUUGAACUUUUAACAGACAUACAGACAGAUAGACAGAUACAGGAGACCCCGCCCCCUCUCUCUCUCUCUCUCUUCACUACUACUACUGCUGGGGGUGAGGAAAGAAGGAAGGGAGAGAGGGGGAGGGGAAGGAGGAGAAGGAGGGUUUCACUCUUUCGUGAACUCCUCCCACUGCUGUGAGCCUACCGCUCCCCUCUACAAAAGUCCCUGGAGGACGAUCAGCCGGAAAAAAAAGAAAAUAAGCGGACUAACACUUUUCGGUGUUCCCAUGGACAAACGCACAAAGGUGUUUGUGUAUCUCUUUUUUUCCAUUUUUUUUGUUUUUGUUUUUUUUGUUGUUGUUGUUUUUUUAGGUCUACUGGUACCACCAUGCCUUCUCAACUCAAAAAAUCCACUUGGAAGAAAAAUCCAUGCAAAGGAUUGGAACUGGUGCUAUGGGGCUGUGACUUUUGUAACGUUGAUGUCCCUCAGUUGUUAUGUGUUGAUAGGUCUGGUGCUUCUGUCGUGUUUUUAUCUCUUUUUUUGUUUGUUUAUUCAUUUUUUUUUCUCCUUCAGUCUGUUUACAUUCUCUCUUCAAGAAGAACAAUGGUGCAUUGUGAACGUUGUCAUGUCAAGAAACAACACACCAGUAGUACACAAACCACAGUUUUUGUUUUGUUUUAACUUUUCACAGAAGUUCAAAUCAUUGGUGUUCAUGAAUGCAGAAUUAUCUUUCUUAUACAGAUCUUCUAUGAAUAAGUGAAUAAGUGGCCAUCAAAAAAUAUAAUGUGGAUAAACCCCCACAUAGUAUGUACAUCAUGUUAAUAUGGAUAAAGGGUUGAAGGAAAUCGCUUUUAAUCAUUUUAAUUCCAGAGAUAUUGUAAUUACACGUCGACCAUAUUACCAAGCCCACCUCAAAAUCAUCACUCAAAGAAACUCAACCAUUUCAUCUCACAGAUGUUGGUUGCACUUUAUCAUUUAAACAUAAAAAUCAGUGCUUUACCGUACACACAAGGGAGGUGAGAACAUUCCAUGGCUCCUCGUUACCUCAGUUGCAUGACUGUAGAUGUUUUGUUCUGUUUUUAUAUUUUCUUUUCUUUCAGUUGUUAAAUAUUGUGGUUUUACCUUUCCUCUGAAGCAGAGGAGAUUCAUAUGGAGAACUAAAUGGCAAAGCACUAGCAACACAAAUUCACAAUGUGCCACAGAGAAUGCAACUUUUAAAAAAAUACUUACCAUUCGAAACCUAUGUGCUUUUAAGCAGUGCCCUGUUUCAAUUCCUUUAUUUUUUACUAAUGACUUUGGAAAACUACCAUUGGAAACUUAUGUGCUUCUAAGCAAUGGCCCUUUUCUGUAUAUUGUUUGCAGCCCCCAUUUUUAAACAUACAAUUUUUGUUUUUAAUGACGACUUAAGGCAUCAAUAAUCACUGGUGCCCCGUUGAAAAGUGCAACCGUGUAAACCAAUGGCCAAUGCCAAGAUCUAGAUAAGACACCAGUCAGAUAUUGGUAUGAUGUCUGGUGCGGAGUUAUCCUGACAGCUGUUUUUAUCCCGCCCCAGUGCUUGCACAGUCAGUCACCCUUUGAUUACCAAACAAAUGGGAAGAUUUAGGAAGUGCAAUUGUAAAAAUGUCACGUUUUUUAACCUCACGAAAGAAGAAUACUUGUAAAACUGUCCAUUUGAAAAGUGAGCUUGUUUUGGAUGAAUGUACGGCUUUGUUAUUUGAUUGAUAGAAGAGAUCCCAAAUGUGUUUUAAAAACUGGCUUAUUAAUGCACUAAAUAUUUAUAAUUUAUUUUUCCCAUUGUUGGCUAUUUGAUUGGAGUUACAAACUUUUUCCAUACACAGAUCUGUUUGACAUAUUUUUUGUUUUUCUAAAAAAAAAAAAAAGCAGCCUUAAGAAUGUGGUUUAAUUCAUCGAUAUAAAGGUGUGAUUUUUAUAUUAAAAAAUAGUAUUUUAGUCAGUUUGCAAUGUGUGGCUGAAGUUGUGGUCAAGAAAUGGGGUUGAGUUCUGUAAAGUAGUCACUAGAUUCUAUUGGUAGUCAGAGCAGCGCCCUACAUUUUCACCUGAACAUCCAAGCACAGACAAUGGAGACACACAGACAUUUUGGGCCAUUUGUUUUUUUUCCCCAUUUGUAUAUUUGUUCAACUGAAGUGAGAAAUGAGGUUUAGUUUGCUCAUCGAAGUUGCCACCUCAGCAAAAUUGGUACUGAAUUAAAAGCAAAAAUAAAAAACGAAAGUGGUCUUGUGGACUGGUGACCAUCAUGUCAUGAAUGUCUUUAUUUUAACUGAAGUAGCCAGUUGACAUGUUUUAAAGCCCAGUUUAUUAUAUCAAAAUAAUCACACGUUACAAGCAUUCAUAUUUUCCUUGAAGACCAAGCCGUCUCCUAUUUUGUUUAUUUUGACAGGCUUUUCCCAAGGCAUGCAUCAUGUCCAUCUUUCCUUGUUUCAGGUUGUAGGCCAAAACCUGCACUACCAAGGGAUGAUUUGGAAGACAACAAAAAAAUUGUGAUAUCAGACAAGACGUAGGCCUACUACUAAAAAUACGAGUGUCUUCUGUACUGUAAUAAAAGAAUGAAUAAACAAAAAUUCAAGAACAUAAGGAAGUCUUGUCAGCCAACCCUUUUCUUUGACAUGAACAGGUUCGGGGUUUCAUUCAUGAAGCUUUUGUAUUUUUUUUUGCUAUGGUUCUGAGGUGUCCGCUCGUGGGGAAGGGACAUACAAUCAUACCCUCGUUUAUUUUAUUUUUUACUAUUAUUUUUAGUUGGGGUGGGGGACAUUUAGCGUAGUUUCUUUCAAGUUUUUAUAUUUUUCCUCUGGCACCUCGCUUCUGAUUGGUUUCCCUCAUCUUGUCAUUCAAACACGAUCAAACUCAUCUUUCCUCACUACCUUUUUCAUUGUCUCUAUAUUUAUGUAACUUGUAUUACUUUUUUCCCUCCUCCCUGCAGAUAUUUGUUUUGAAUCUUGUGUACGUAUGUGUGUAUGUAUGUCAGCUGCUGUGUCUCAGCAUUCUUCAGCCCUUUCACCCGGACCUACAAAAUGAUGUUCUCAUGUUGUCCAGGAUGACUUUGGGAGGGGAUGGAGAGAGAUGUGCUGCCAUGUAAGAAGACCCCAUGAACUGAACUGAACUGAACUGUACUGUACUCCCCUGUGUAUAAUAAAUAUUAUAAGUAAAGUUUUACAAUAGACACUA